GGUUAAUUUUUUUUGGAAACAAUGCCGGAUAGUACGGCGUAAACUAUUGUUCUCCAUUUUUAUAGUGAUAACUCCUGCUGCAAUAUUUUGCUUAUCCAACCAUUUCGUUAAUCCGUGUUACCAACGUAAUUUUUGCGACAAAAUAGUUGUAGAACAAAAAAUUUUUGAUGCAGACACCAUAAUAUCUAUAGAAACUUACAGCACACAAUUAUUCUAUACACCCUCUAACAAUGUAACCGAUUAUUUAGUUGAUAUGAUCCUGGAACAUUUAGGCAUGCCUUCGAGCAAUAUUCAUAUAUUUCCCAAUAAAACAGAAUUGCAAAGAAGCUUCUCCAUAUCCACUUACGACUCUGUUGUAGCCAUAAUAUUCAAUAAGUACGACCAAGACUUGGACUAUACAAUUCAACAUUACCGAGAUGGCUUUAUUUGGAACACCGAUCAACUGUUUGGAAUCGACGUUUUUCCAGAUGAAGAAUCUCAAUAUUCUGUAUACAAUUCUAUGGGACUAAUGCAUCUACAGUAUGCCAUCGAACUUUCUUACAUACAAUACAAAACACAGUCCGAAGAGUUAUUGCAUAAUCAAGUAUAUAUUAAAGAGAUACCUCAUUUAAAACAUGCCAUAAAAAAAAAUAAUAUUAGAGCCACAUUUUUGGAAUACACUACUUUGUUUGUUUCGUGUGUCGCAACGUUUUUAUUUAUUCUACAAAUUAACCGAGAUAAAAAAUUGCGUGCCCUCGAAAAGCUGUCUGGGUUCUCCGACAGUUUAUAUUCGAUAUGUUGGUUCUUAAUCGGAGCAUUUAAUAUCACUAUUACUGUAGUGUUGAUUGUUAUAUAUUUGCUAUUUGGCAAUACACCGUUUAUAUAUACACCUAUAUAUUUAAUAGCUAUAUUUUUAUUUCUGCACUUCGUAUCUGAUAUCUUAUACAGUAUAAUUAUAUCUCAUUUUCAAGGAAAUUAUAUAUUAUGGGUACUAUUACUUAAUGGUUUUCAUAUAAUAUUAACAGUAAUAAUCAAGAUAAUUGACAAAAAUAUAAACUCUUUUUUAAUACACUUAUUAUGUGCAAUAUUUCCAAGUUUGACAGUCCAUUAUGGUUACAAUAUUAUUUUCAACUGGGAAAUGCAAGAAAUUAAUGUCAGAUGGGAUAAUAUUUUUGAAAACCCUACAGGCAGUUCUAAUAGACUGACGUUGGGAUAUAUUUUAUUAGCAGCUGUAAUAAACAUAUAUAUUUCAAUUUUCUGUUCUAUACUGUAUACUACAUGGCACUCUAGAAGAAUAAGAUUACAGGUAUUGUGUCUUCCAAAAGCUACAACAAAGAAUUCACUUCUGCAUAAUAAAGAUUACAUACUUAAUGUAGAGGGUUUAUCCAAAAUAUAUGGAGAAGAUUAUGUCGUAAACAACGUAACGUGUGAUUUUAAAAAGAAUCGAAUUACAGUUUUGUUAGGCCACAAUGGAGCUGGCAAAACCACGUUAAUGAAUAUGAUAAAUGGCAUCGUACAACCAACGUAUGGAACAAUUUAUUUUAAUGGAAUUAAUAGAGAAGAAAAGCAAUAUAGAAAAAUUGCACUAUGUCCUCAACACGAUAUUUUAGAUUACAAUCUAACUGUAAAAGAACAUUUAACUUAUUUUGGACGUCUGAAAAGCAUCCCAGAAGACGCAUUAGAAGAACAAACGACGGAACUGUUACAAAGACUAGCAUUAUUGGAAAAAAUAAAUAUUUUUCCAUCUAAAUUAUCAGGUGGAAUGAAACGAAAGCUUUGUUUGGCCAUAGCCUUAAUAACCAACCCAGAGAUUUUAAUAUUGGAUGAACCAACAGCCGGUAUUGAUGCACAGUCGUGUCAAGAAAUAUGGAAUAUACUAAAGGAAGAAAGAAAAACUAAAACGAUAUUAAUAUCAACUCAUUAUAUGGAUGAGGCUGAUGCGUUGGCUGAUAUGGUACUAAUUAUGAAUAAAGGACAAAUCUUACACUAUGAUACACCCAACAAUUUAAAAAAAAGAUACAAAUUAGGAUACCGAUUAUUUUUCGAAGUCGAUGCAAAUUGUUCCAAAGAAAAGUUCAUCAUGAAUAUUGUACAAUAUAUGAAAGAUCAUAAGCUAGAAGGAGAAUACGUUGGUUCAAAAAAAGAUAAUUUGGAGUUUUCUUUGGAUUCGCCCGACAAAAACUAUCUGGUUUCAUUUUUAAAAUUUAUUGAGAUGAAUUUGCCGUCAACGGGCAUGCUUGACUUUUCACUGACUACAAAUACACUGCAAGAUGUAUUUUUAAAGUCAUUAAAUGAUAGCAGCUGUAAAAUACAGGUUAAUACUGAAACUAAAAUACCAAAUGAAGUAUUUGAAGAAGUAUCAUUAGCGAAACGUAUACGUAUCUUAUUUGAAUACCGAGUAAAAACUGUUAAAAGCAUCUGGAAAUUUUCUCUUACGUCUAUCGUUGUGGUGAUUAUUUUACUUGGGAUAGUUACUGCCAUAGUAUUCAAAACACCGACGAACUUUUACAGACCACCAAUACGAUUAUCCUUUGACACCUAUAAAAAUAUAAAUAUAUACUAUUCUGGACAUGAAAACUUAUUUGAGAAUCACGAACGUAUUCAUCAUUUGAAUACAGAAAAUUUAGAUUCAGAAAUCCUAGAUCGACAUCAAGAUGCCAGAGAUACAUAUGUGCGGUCCCCAGUUCUUGGAGCUAAGGUAGACGAAUCUGAAGGUUUCACUAUUCUACACCACACAAACGCAUAUCAUAGUGCUCCGAUUGUGUUAAAUACUAUAAUGAACGCAUAUGCAAUGAAAUUCUUUAAUGGCACAAUUACGUUAACAAAUGAACCAUUUAACCGAGAAAAUUUUGGAAAAGAGACAAAAGUUAUUGAUGAAGAAGACUUUUUAUUUUAUUGGACUUUAGCAUUUUUCAUCGGUAAUAUUAUUUUGACGACAAAAUUUAUGUUGGUACCUUUUAUUGAACUCCACUCCAAAUUUUUGCUCAUACUUAAUUUGUGUGGUGUUCGUUUGUGGGAAUAUUGGAUAGUUACAUUGAUUAUGGAUUUCCUUGUGUAUACAGUUGAAACAAUUAUCAUUAUAAUUGUGCAGAAGAUUAUGUUUUAUCACCUUGAAUUGACUUCUAUAGAUAUCGACUAUUUUGGACUCUACUUUUACUUAACUGGAAUCGCCAGUUUUUCUGUUAAUUAUAUAUUAUGUAAUUUUUAUCACAAAACACUUAGUGUAGUUAUGAGUAUUUACUUCGCAUUUGUCUUAUUUUUGGGAUUUGUUCCAAUUAUAUUUAACUAUUUGGAUGUAAUUUGCGGAGGGAUAGAUAUUUACAAAAAUUAUUUGCCUUUAUUAACUUGGUUUGAUCCAUACAUACACAAUGGAACACAAAAGUUCUUUAACAAUAUGAUAAAUAAAUACAACUGGAACGUUAGAACAGAAGAGGAAACGUUUAAGGAAUGUUUGAGUUAUCCGGAUCAUAUUUGUUGCAAUUCUUCCAAAGACGAAUGUUCAGAACAUUAUAACAAAAAUAUGUCGCCCAAUAUUACCAUAAUUCUAAAAAAUCUAUUUAUAUGGGUAAUAUUCUUUAAUUUUAAAAUAUUCAAAAAAAUUAUUUAUGUAGGGUCAAUAUCAUAUUUCAAAUAUAUCCUGGGUAAACCAGCAACGCAAAUCAACAUAAAAAACGGUCGUUUAAGUUCAAUUAUUAAUGUUGCUCGCAAAAUUAAUAUAAAAUCCAUUAAGAAAAUCAAAAACGAAUGUUUAUGCAUAUUGGGACUUAAUGGAGCUGGAAAAUCCACAAUGUUCAAAACAAUUUCCGGUGAAAUAUUGAACGAUGAUGUGAACUCUGAAAAUAAUGAUAAUGUUUCUGUGGGUUACUGUCCGCAACACAACUAUCUUAAUCCUAUCCUCACAGGCAGAGAAAGUUUAACAGUGAUAGGGAAACUUCGUGGUAUAACAAACAUUAAAAAUUCUGUGGACUUCUACAUAGAAUGCUUUGGCUUAAACAAAUUCGCAGACAAGAAAUGUAAAACUUAUAGUGGUGGUUACAAAAGAAUUUUAAGCUAUUUAAUAGCUCUAAUAGGUACCAAAGAUUUAAACAUAUUUGAUGAACCAACAAACGGUGUGGAUCCUCACAACCGUAAAUUAUUUUGGACGAACCUUAAGAACAUGCAACAACAAAAAGAAAUGUCAGUACUCAUUUCUACACAAAGUAUGUUAGAAGCGGAAGAGUUAUCAGAUAGAGUAAUGAUUAUUAAAGAAGGAAUAAUUAAAAAUUUAAAUUCACUGUUACCCAAAUCUAACGUUAUUUAUGUAAAAAUCGAUUUGCAUAACCCUUAUGAAUGUUGUGGAGUGCAGAAAUUAAAAGGAGAAUUAUCCCAACUUGACAAUUCAAAACUAAUUGAUGAGUCCCCUACCACUCUUCAGUAUUCCUUUGAGCCUCAGAACAGAAGAAUAAGAUACAGCUAUAUAUUUGAUUCGCUGAAUCGGCUAAGAAGUCAACAUUCAAUCAUUGCAGACUUUAAUGUUAGUGAAUCCGCAAUACAGGACAUGUUUUCGUCAGAGAUGCAAGAAAAGAAGGAGGUUCAAAAACUGAAUCAGUAUAAGUUAUGACACUACCUGAGGUGUAACGUGUAAAUACUAUUCUUUAAAUGUUCUUACAUACAGUUUAAAAAGCCUUGAGUUUAAGAUAUUAAAAAAUGUAUA